AAGUCUAGUUCGUGGCAAUUUUAGUAAACAUUUAUUCUAAGCUUAUUUAUUGCAAUGCUUGAGCCGGUAAGAAAAUCCUCUGUGUCCGGUGGAAGCACAAGCACGGCGGAAAAGCUGUGUUUCGACAAAAAUGAAUUCAUGAAGGAAAAUUUCUCUGUGGAUGAGUUUUUGCAUAAAAAUCGCAAUGCUCCUAGUCUGGAGCAACUGCGAGACAAUCUGGGGUUGUACUUAAAAGGUCUACGCGCCGCUAUGAUUGACUUGAUUAACGAGGAUUAUGCUGAUUUUGUUAAUUUAAGUGCUAACUUGGUUGGACUGGAUCAGUCCAUUGAAACUAUACAGCGUCCGCUGGAGCAAUUUCGUAAUGAUAUCGAAGGCAUGCAUAGUCUAAUAGAUGAAAACGUGCUAGAGCUGCAGGCACAGCUUGAGGAAAAGCGUCAGCUGCGCGAAUUUCAACACAACUUGCAAAGCCUAAAGAAGGUUUAUGAAAUAAUUGGCAAGCUGCAGCAAUUGAUUGACCAGAAACUAAGUGGCGACCAGCACGCCAAAGCAGUUGAUUUGGAACGUGCAGCUCUAGAUUUAAUACAGCUAAAAUUUCAUGAAAAGCACUGCGCAAAACACUUGGACAUCGAGCAGCAGCAACAAAUAAAACAACUGGAAAAUCAAGUGCAUCGCCAGCUGCGACGUUUCUAUAACUAUGCUUUGGAGCAAGCGCGCAAUUCAGUUACUGAGCACUUAGAGCGCUGCUUACGCAUAUACAUAACAUUGGAUGCUUGCUCAGCGGCAGAGCAGGCGUUUCGAGAGGACGUGGUGGCGCCUUAUAUGGACGGCAUUAUUGGCGAGCAACAGUUACAGAAUUCGCCGCAAGGACUGGCCGGCAUUUACAAUAAGAUACUCAAUUUUAUAUCGCUGCAUAUGACGGAUCUAUUGCGGCUUACGCUCUACUCGGACAAGCUGCCUGGUUUCAAUUUUGUCGUGAACAGCUACUGGGCGGAUGUUGAGUCACGUCUGGAGCUGCAUAUGAAUUCUAUUUUUGCGCCCGGCAACUCGGAGGUGUUUUACAUAAAAUACAAAUGCACACGUGACUUUCUGGGCAAAAUUGAGGAGCUGUUGACAAGCAGCGGGGAGCAGGCAGUGGCCAGCUAUCGGCAACACAAGCAAACCAAGAGCUUCGAAGCUCGCUGGAAUUUGCCAGUUUACUUUCAGAUUUGCUUUCAGGACAUAGCUGGUAGCUUUGAGGCACAACUUGAGCCCUUGCUUAAGGAGGACACGUUGAUGGCCAAAGCUGCAGAGGAUGCAUAUCAUUUGGCACCCUUUAAUGCGGCCAAGAAUGCUUUGCUACGCUGCUGGGCUGAGGGUGUCUAUCUACCCGAAGUGUUUGCAAAAUUCUACAAGCUCAAUGUGCAAAUUAUUUUGCGUCUCUCACGUUGGAUUACAGAUGCCAUUAGCGCUUCACAGGCAAACAACAGCAACAGUUUUCCCAAGGCAUACACACGACAGAAACUGUUGAUUACAUUGCAUGUAGAUACGCGCAAGCUGGAAGCGUAUUUGCCAACGCUACAACAGCUUGUAAUGCAAGCAGCACCAAAGACCUCAAACAUGCAGUUAUUUAAUGAUGUUAUGAAGAAUUCCAUGGCUGCUCUGGCUGAUAACUUGAGCAAUCAGUUGCUCAAUAUACAGCAGACACUGAAAGAGCUGCUGAUUAGUGAAUGUGGCAUGGAUAAUGUGCGGCAGGUUAAUGAUUUGCCACGCCUAUAUCGCAAGACGAAUCGUGAGGUGCCCACGCGCUGUUCUAGUUACGUAGAUCAAAUGCUAAAACCACUCAAAACUUUUGCGGCACAACAUGAAGCGCAGCUGGGUUCGUUGGUGGUGCAGCAAAUUCUAUCAGAUGUCUGCAGUAACAUAACUACGGCUUAUUAUAAUGUAGUAAGCGAUGUGCUUACUUCUGUGCAGAAGACUGAAGAGUCUUUGCGUCGUUUGCGCAACUUGAAGAGCGGCGCUACAACGGCGCAGUCUAGUACUGCCAUGACGGAUGAUGAUAAGAUACGCCUGCAGCUGCGUGUUGAUGUUGCCAAUUGGCAAUUGGAGCUAUCCAAGCUGAACUUUGAGCCCUCUCAAAUCGAAAAGUUGCUGGAACUGUGCAAUAUGGUGGAGGACAGUAUUAAGUCCAAAGAAAGCAACGCUUAAAUACAUUUAAAAUAUUUACAUAUUUCAAUUUAUUGUUAAACGUUUACUAUUGUCUGCUAAGGCGCAUAAAUAUUGCUUGUAAAUU